UUUUCUUUUUCCUUUCUUUUCUUCCUUCCUUCUUUUUCUUGCAUUCUUUUUCCUUUUCCUUUCAUCCUUUCCUUCCUUUUUGUUUUUCCUUCUUUUUCUUUCUUUUUCUUUCCUUUUUCUUCUUUCCUUUCUUCUUCCUCUUUUUCUUUCCUUCCUUCCUUCCUUCCCACUCUCCCUCCUCUUUCUUUCCCUAAAUAUUCCCCUUUCUUUUUGUUGCAUUCAGUUAACACAACCCUAGAAGCUGCUGCAAGUGAUAACACAAUGAAGCAGAGGCACUGCUUGGGAGCUCAGUCCUGCCCGGUUAGAAUUCCACCCGUUCUAAACUUGCUGCAGGGAUUUCCAGUAAUCACAAGGUUUCUCAGCUUUGGUGGCUUGGAGCUGUGCAGACUUCAACUCUCCGAAUCCCCCAGCCAUUCCCAGAAUCCCCCAGCCAUUCCCCCGGCUGCACAGCUUCAGCCGCAGGGUUGAGAAAGGCUGCCCUACCAUGUGCCAUGAAGCAAAAUGUAUCAUCCGUGUAAGACCCUCCGUGUGAGUCCCUACAGGGCCCCUAACCUCCCCAGGGCCACAGCAGAUUUUACGACCCACAACAAAACCGAGUUAUUUCCUGUCCCGGUUUGUGUGGUGCACUUACAAAUACGGUGGGUUGUUGGGCCAGGAAUAAAGGCGAGGCGAGGCUCGACCGGGGCCCGGCCCCUUCCUCCCAGGGAGGGCAGGAAAUGUGUAGGGAAGCUGGGAAGGCUGCAGAUCAACAGGAAAACCCUGCCGCCAUCCAUCAGGGCCAGGACCGAGCCAAGAACCAGGUUGCUCCGGGGGAGAAGAUAGAAAGAGGAAGAAUGGAAGAGGGGGAGCUGGGCCCGCCCGGCCAGGAGGAGUCCAGUGAGGAGGCCGCCCUGCACUACGAGGAGCGCAUCACCCGCCUGCUGGUCACCAUUGUCCGGCUGCAGGGGAAGAUGGAGCGGCUGCAGCAGGACAGGGACAGGGAGGAAGAGGAGGACUUCUUUUCCGAUUUGGGCUCCGAGUCCACGGCCAGCCUCCCCCGAUGCCCAUCCCUCUUUGCCAGGCGUGCCAGGAGCCCCUCUCCCCCGCCUCCAGCCUGUCCAGAAGAAGGGAAGGCCGACCUGUUCCUGGAUGUUCACAAGGCCGUCACCUCUCUGGAGAACGUCCUCCUCUGGACUCCAGGUGGCACCUCCUAUCCCAGUCACACCCUCCCCGGCCCAAGCCCAUGCCCAGCUCCUUCACCCGGCCUUCUUCUACCCUGCAGGGAGGAAGAGGAGGACUUCUUUUCCGAUUUGGGCUCCGAGUCCACGGCCAGCCUCCCCCGAUGCCCAUCCCUCUUUGCCAGGCGUGCCAGGAGCCCCUCUCCCCCGCCUCCAGCCUGUCCAGAAGAAGGGAAGGCCGACCUGUUCCUGGAUGUUCACAAGGCCGUCACCUCUCUGGAGAACGUCCUCCUCUCCUACCGGAACCGCCUUCCCAGCGUGGAAGCUGAGCUGCAGGGAUGUGCCCAGCUGGCCCAGGGCCUGGAAGCCAGGCUGGUGGCGCUCCAGAGGGACGGCUCGGGGAGCACCCCCCAGGAGGCUGAGGGCCCCCCCUGCGAGAGGAUGACCGCCCUCUACAAGGAGAGGAACACCGCCCUCCGAGCGGAGCUGGAGGCCAAGCAGGAGCUCCUCAGGCGGUCCAAGGCCUCCAUGGCAGCCCACCAGCAGGAGCGGAACAAGCUCCAGAGGAAGGUGCAGGAGCUGCAGGAGAGCCUGUCCAGGGUGGAGACCUGCUCUGGAGGAGCCCCCAGCCCCCUUGGGGAAGGAGCCCAGGAUUCCCCCUCAGGGGCUGCUCAGAACAGCCUCCAGCCUCCCUGGGGGGCUACCAGCAUGCAGCCUGCCCCCACCCUUCCAGUCACAGAGAUCCAGAGCAGCCUGGAGCAGCUCCACAGGCGCCUAGAGGGGCUGUGGGGGCUGAACCGGCUGCUCUCGGGGGCCCUGCAGGAGUCCAAGACAGAUGCGGAGCAACUCAGCCUCCUGCUCGGAUGCCAGGAGUCCCACCAGACCGGGCUGGCCCUGGCCCUCCGCGGCAGCGAACGCUGCUUGGAGGCCUAUGAGACCCUCUUGGCGCUGACGGCUGCGGAGCAGAAGCCGAGCCCAGAGACAGGAGCAGAGGCACCUCAGGCAGGGGCAUCCAAGGACCCAAACCCUGCCCUGGAGAAAGCUUUCUGGAUCUUGCAAGCCUGCAGCAUAGCCGACAGGAGCUCCUGGGACCAAGACAGGUCCCCGCAACUGACGGGCUCCGAGGUAGAAGCCAAGCGGAGGCUGCGGGAACACAUCGGGCACCUGCGGGCCGAGCAGAGUUCCCUGAAGCUCCCCGCCCACCCUCCGCCUCCGGGCUUGUCCACCGUGGCCGCCAGGCUCAGCGCGGGCAUUGCGGCCAAGGCGACGGAGGGCCGGAGGGCCCUGCAGGAGGCGUUUCCUGGCUCGGCCACCCCGCCCCGGAUGGAGAAGGGCCAGUUGCUGCGGGAGUUGCACAACGCCCGGGAGGCCUUGGCUGACCUGGGCACCAGGCUGCACCUGACCGCCAAGGCCAAGGAGGGGCUGGCGCUCUGGACCCACACGCUCCCCGCACAGGAAGCCGCCUGCCUGCUGGUGAUCCGGACCCUCCAGAAGGAGCAACGAGACCUCCGGGGACAGCCGGACCCCUCCUCAGAAAGCAGCAGCAGUGAAGAGGAAGACUCUGGGGCCUGGGCACCCGACAGUCUUCCUCACGGGACCCUUCCGGCUGCGGUCAAGGACACGGAGGGAAGCCUGGCCCGGAGGGAGCCGGAAGCCCUGAUGCUCCGAGUCCUGGAGACUUUGGCUCGGAUCCAGGCACUGAAGGAACGUCUGGAGGGUCUUUGGGUUGACCUGGAGGAGAAGAGCCAGGACUACAGGGCCCAUGAGGCACAGGAGAUGGAGCUCAUGCAGGACUUCUUCCAGGCCCAUAGCGCCCUGCUCCUCGCCUACCAGAAGGCCCGUCACAAGCAGGAGAGCCAGGUGGGGCAGCUGGAGACCCAGGUGGGGCUGAUGACCAGGCGCCAGGCCAAGCAGCGCCAGGCUCUCCUGCAAACCCUCCGGCAGCUGCAGGACCAAGUGCCCGCAGGGGCACCAACUGGCCUCCCCCGGGCCCCUGCGUCGGAGGAAAGCACCCGGGACCCACCCAGCGAUUUGGAAACCCCGUCCUUUUUAUGGAGCAGAAAGUGAGGCUUUCUGGACACGCACAAACACGUCUACUGACCAGCAAAGGGAGGGGCAACGGUCAUUCCCCCCUGCCAGGUAGACCAAGCAAAAUCAUGACCACAUGAACAAGUCUGGUAAAAGCUGUUUGCAGGCCUGAAAGUACAAAGCUCCCGUUGCCCUUUUAACAGGCUGAGAGAUUGGGGGAAACCCUUCUCUUCUCUCUGAAAACCUGGCGGCCCAUGGACAGAAUGCAGGGUUGCAGGCUAACUCUGCCCACUGCCAGCAGUUCAAUCCUGACUGGCUCAAGGUUGACUGAGCCUUCCAUCCUUCCGAGGUUGGUAAAAUGAGGACCCAGAUUGUUGGGGACAAGAGGCUGACUCUGUAAAUCGCUUAGAGAGGGCUGUAAAAACACCGUGAGGCAGUAUAUAAGUCUAAGUGCUAUUGCUCUUCCUUCCUUCCUUCCUUCCUUCCUUCCUUCCUUCCUUCCUUCCUUCCUUCCUUCCUUCCUUCCUUCCUUCCUUCCUUCCUUCCUUCCUUCCUUCCCAGUAGUUACAAUGCAUUGUUGCAGACUAACUCUGCUCACAGCCAGCUUUCGAUCUUAACCAGCUCAAGGUUGACUGAGCCUUCCAUCUUUCCGAGGUCGGUAAAAUGAGGACCCAGAUUGUUGGGGGCUGACUCAGAAGAUGCUUUAAAGCACUAUGAAGUGGUAUAUAAGUCUAAGCGCUAUUGCUAUUGCCUGUUAUGCAGCUGUGGGCUACGCUGGCUGUCCUCCGGCCGUUCCCUCGGCAGCAUCCCUUCGCCCAAUCUCCCACCGUGACAUCACACAGGUGUGUGUUCCCCGCCUUCUUUCCCAAGUUCCCUUCCUUCUGGAGGAGAGGGGAUGGAGGGAGUGGAUCCUUCUUUGGGGCUCCCAGAUCCCUCAGACUCUUUUCUCCGACAUGGUGAGAAGCAACUUCGGAUGUGCAAAUAUCCCUGUCACCAUUUUUGGAAGCCUUUGCAGGUUUAGGUUUUCUCAGAGGUUCUUGGGAACACAAAGGUUUUUCGUAACCUGCUGAGAAUUAAUUAAUCUGUCCCACAAUUUACGCCCAUCUGCACCAUCAACCUCCAUCCUCCCCCUUCCUUCACCCGGAUUUAAAUCCUCCAGCAGCCUCACCCCUCUGAGCCUCUGGGGAAGGCAGCCACAGUUAUUCCAAUAAACAUAUAUGGGAGCUGGGAAGCAUCCCAAGGCUCCUUUUGAUUUUCUGCUGGAAGCCAUCCUAGCUAAUAGGGUGGGGGUUUUUUUUCCUCUUUUUUAAAGCAGCUCUUUUAACUUCUGUAUUUUUGAAUUAAAAAAUUAGUUAUGAAAGAGGGUUUAUUUUUAAUGAUGGUGUUUAUCAUUAAGGAGGAGGAGGGGGGAGGGGGAGAAAGAGGAAGAAAGGAAGAAGAAAGAAGAAGAUAG